GUUAAGAAGAGGCGGGUCGGAUUUUAUGUGUUGGGUUAACGGCAUGAUGCACUCUCACUGUCUCACACGUAUUUAGGGUUCUACCCCUUUUUUUGUUCCUUAUUCUUAGCUCCAGAAUUUUCUUUUUGGCUUUAAUGCUAUUAUCCCCAAAACUAUGCUCAAAUCAGCCUUCACUCCCGUUUUCUCAUUAUUUCCGGCCAAACCCAGAACCCCAAAAGCGUUGUGCAGUACCGUCACUAACGCUUUCACGAGCAGCCCACCAUCAGUUCGACAAAAUGCCUCGUCCAAAACCCACACGACCAUCCCAGCGCCCCAACUUCCCCCUACUUCAGCAUACAUCCACCUACCCUUCUGUCGAAAGCGCUGCCACUACUGUGACUUCCCAAUUGUCGCUCUUGGCUCUUCUUCCAACCCAGCUGAUGACGACCCACGAGUGUUAAACUAUAUACAAUUGCUUUGUCGAGAAAUUGAUGCAUCGAGAGUAGAGUUUAAGACCAGCCCAUCUCUCGAAACGGUCUUUUUCGGGGGUGGUACGCCUUCACUUGUGCCGCCGAGGCUGGUGUCGUCAGUUCUCGAAGUUUUGAGGUUGAAAUUUGGGUUGAGUUCAAGUGCUGAAAUAUCUAUGGAGAUGGACCCUGGGACUUUUGAUGCUAAGAAGAUGAAGGAGUUGAUUGGGUUAGGAAUGAAUAGAGUGUCUUUGGGAGUUCAGGCAUUUCAAGAAGAGUUGUUGAGGGCUUGUGGGAGGGCUCAUGGUGUGAAUGAGGUUUAUGAGGCAGUUGAGAUUGUUGGGUCGUGUGGCGUUGAGAAUUGGAGUAUGGAUCUUAUUUCAUCUCUUCCUCACCAGACACGGGAAAUGUGGGAAGAGAGUUUGAGGCUCACCAUUGAAGCGCAACCAACCCAUGUGUCUGUAUAUGAUUUGCAAGUUGAACAAGGCACAAAAUUUGGAAAUUUGUACACCUCUGGGGAGUUCCCUCUUCCCUCUGAAACACAGUCGGCUGAUUUCUAUAGAAUUGCUUCAAGCACGCUUAGUGAUGCUGGUUACAACCAUUAUGAAAUUAGUAGUUACUGCAAGAGCGGCUUUGAGUGCAAACACAAUCUUACAUAUUGGAAGAACAAACCUUUCUAUGGCUUUGGCCUUGGGUCUGCUAGUUAUGUUGGUGGAUUGAGGUUUUCAAGGCCAAGAAAACUAAAAAAAUACAUGGGUUAUGUGCAAGAUUUGGAGAAUGGGUUGGUGGAUUGCUCUAGAAAUGAUCAUAACGACACAAUUGAUGUGGCCAUGGAUGUCGUGAUGCUCUCUCUUAGAACUGCCAGAGGCCUAGAUCUAAAGUCUUUCAGAGAAGCUUAUGGUGGCUCUCUUGUUUUCUCUCUUUUGAAGGCCUAUAAACCUUAUGUAGAAAGUGGACACGUUGUUUGCUUGGAUGAGAACAGAAGAGCCAUGACUACAGAUGAACUUGAUACUGCAUUAUUGGACGAGGACAGGAUCGACAGAAUGCUGGCUUAUAUUCGGCUAAGUGAUCCAGACGGUUUCCUUUUAUCAAAUGAAUUGAUAUCCCAUGCAUUUGGGGUACUAGCUCCAUAGAACUUUGAUCCUUCAUUGGAGCCAGGAGGAGGUCUUUGGAAGUGAUCACAAGCUGUUUCAAUGUACUUAUAGUAGCUGGCUUUAGAGGCUGAUUUAUCUUCUUGUGAUAUGGCAUUGUUGAGGUGAGUUGCAAAGAGACAUACUCAAAUCUGAGAAAGGACCUGCUUAGCCUACAUACUAUUUACUUUGUUCCGAUGGAACAUGAAAAUCAAGAAAGAAGCUAAUUGUCCACUUUGGGGCACAAGGCAGAGCAUUAUAGGGGAUGACCCUACAUUAAAAGCAAGCAGGACGUCAAAAUGUUAUAAUUCAGUUAAAGAUGCUGAAGAAGCUCUUUCGGCCAGGACCACCAGAAUGUGGGUCUCGUCGACAUUGACAAUAUUUUUGUAAUUUGGAGGGAUAUUAUCACAAUUAAAAGUUUAGGGGACAUUGUCAAUUGGAUGGUAGUUCGAGGGAUACGUGGAUUUUAUCAUUUCUUUUUUCUUUACACUUCUUUCCAUUUUAAAUUACACAUAUGAGAAUUUUUUAUCAUGUUUU